CCAGCAUGCUCUGUAAGACGGACAGAGCGCCGGGCCACCGUCGUAGGUGUGGGCCACUUGAAUGGAACGUUGGGCGUAAUGCAAAGCCUUCCACGGUCCGCGCGGCUGGUACCUGCUCCUUGGGCGUGAGUGCAGCGUGUGGGUCGUGCGCGUGCGCGCUCGCCGGAGGCGCGGGGCGGUUGCGCCGGACUGUUGCGGGCGUGAGGCUGCUGAGGGGUGCCGCGCUCCCGAAAGACCGGUACUUGCGGGGCCUCUAGCUUCACCCCGGGCUGCGGGCAGCCCUGGCGGCCGCCGGAGACCGCAAAGGGCGGAAGAAAGCAGGGGGCGGCGGGGGCCGGCCUCGGAACGCGGAGGAACAGCCGAGCAUGCCCCGAGACAACAUGGCCUCCCUGAUCCAACGGAUCGCCCGCCAGGCGUGCCUCACCUUCCGGGGCAGCGGGGGCGGCCGCAGCGCUUCCGACCUCGGCGCCGCCCCGGGCCCCGAGGCCCCGAUGCCGCAGGGCUUUCCGGAGAACCUGAGCAAGCUGAAGAACCUGCUGACCCAAGUCCGCGCCGAGGACCUGAAUAUCGCCCCGCGUAAGGCCACGCUGCAGCCAUUACCGCCCAACCUGCCGCCGGUCACCUACAUGCACAUCUACGAAACCGACGGCUUCAGCCUCGGCGUGUUCCUGCUCAAGAGCGGCACGUCCAUCCCAUUGCACGACCACCCGGGCAUGCAUGGCAUGCUCAAAGUGCUCUAUGGCACCGUUCGCAUCAGCUGCAUGGACAAACUGGAGGCGGGCUGCGGGCAACAGCCGCGGGCCCCGCCGCCGGAGCAGCAGUUCGAACCGCCGCUGCAGGCCCGGGAGCGGGACGCUGUGCGGCCAGGCGUGCUGCGCUCGCGGGCCGAGUACACCGAGGCCAGCGGCCCCUGUGUCCUCACUCCGCACCAGGACAACCUGCACCAGAUCGACGCUGUGGACGGACCCGCCGCCUUCCUGGACAUUCUGGCCCCGCCCUAUGACCCCGACGAUGGCCGGGACUGCCAUUAUUACCGGGUGCUGGAGCCCGUCAGGGACAAGGAGGCCUCCGGCUCGGCCUGUGACCUGCCCCGAGAGGUGUGGCUCCUGGAGACCCCGCAAGCCGAUGACUUCUGGUGCGAAGGGGAGCCCUAUCCAGGUCCCAAAGUCUUCCCUUGAAGCCGCUCGCGCCUGGCUGCUGUGGGCCGAAGACAUGCCCUGUUCACAUCUGGGCCUCGCUGCCCGCGACCCACCAUAAGGGCUCUGUCCGUACCCCCAGGCCUGGGCGUUGGAUCUACUGGAAUGGGCUGUAGCCGCUUCCUCCGGAGCCGUGGGAAGCGCUGACGUCUGGAGUGCAGCCACGGGGCCGGGUUAGGGGGUGGGGAACGCGGGUAGACUAGGUUGUUUCCUGGCUCUGUCACUGCCACCGGGGUUUUGAUUUGGGGGAAAGGGGGGAAGGGGGACUAUCUGAAGCGCUUCCGUCCUAAAGCCAUAAUGAAAAUAUUCUUUUCUCUGUUCCUUAUCCUAUACAAAAUACACUAAAUGCCCCCACCCCCUUUACCCGGGUAAAUAGGGUUUGUUUUCCACUUAUGUCCUAUGCCCUUUUACUUAUUGUUAUAGUUUUAACUUAUUGACUGCAUGACCCAGUGGUUUGAAUUGUUUUUAGUUCAAGUCAUUGGUAAAAACUAGGCUUAAAAAGAUGAGCUACUACUUAAAAUGAGCUAUCCUGCCUAAUUCAUUCGUUAUGGAAUAGAUCUUUUUUUCCAGAGUUGGGGCAUCACUGCAAUAACAUAACUAUGCAUGUAGAGGACAAGAUUUAAUUUCUUUCCUCCUCUUGCCCAGUAGCCACAUCUGGUUUACUCUGGCAGCAUCUAGUAAGAAAUUUAGCACCUGCAUAUCUCAGUGACAAAUGGUCACUUACAGCUUCUCUUCCCCAUGAGUCUCCAGAUCUGUGAGUUGAACAGAUUGCUUGUUGCAGAUUGACCUUUAAUGCAAAAACUAUAUUAUCCUCAAAUGACUUUUUUUUUUUUUUUUUUUUUUUUGGUCUUCGUGUGCUUUAAGAAGUUAGGGUAAUUCCAUGUUCUCUAAGGAGAAGAUUCAAAGGAGCUAAAUCAGCAUGCUUCCAAACAACCGAAUGUAAAGCACUCCUAGCCAGCUGUUGAAGUCCAUGCCCCUAUUUACUUCCAGUAUUUUCCUGCAAAAAUAGAGAAAGAUGUUGAUGACUGACUGAGAUUCUCUCAGGAGCUCUAGUGUUCCAGAAGGCUGGUGGUUCCAGCUGUAUUGUUUUGGUGGCAGUGUUCUCAAAACCCCUCAGAACAGUAGAGAGCCAGUGUUUGCUUCAUCCAGUGUAGUUUUCUAUAGGAAGAGAGAAGGCACAAAUGAUCGAGGCUACAGAAUAGAGAAUUACCUAUACUGCUGGCCAUUUUAGAGCACCAAAACUUGGGACAAAGUACUUCCUAACCUCUUAAACAAUUGUGCUAUCUGUAACUAGUUUUAUUUUUGUCCUUUUAGGAAGCUCAGCAACUUUACCUUGUUUACAAAUGUAUUUACACUAUUUGCUUCAGGCUAUGGAGCACUAUUGUUUCCCUCUUUUUACUAUUUAUAGGAUUCCUUUUUCACAACACUUUUAAUAAAAACAAACUGUAGAAAUAAACACGUUAAAAAUCUGCCCAGCUGUUGUCUAAGCCCUCUUGAUUGACUUGCCCAAAUGGCAGUCCAGUUCUAAGGUCUGUAAUAAAGGGAGAUUUGCUAUUGGUGGAAAGUGUCCCUGUAGAAAAAACAGUAUGUGCCCUUGCCUCUUUGUGCACACUGGGUUACUAAUGCCCCAGAGUGAAGGAAUAUUUGUUCCCAGUUUUUUAGCUAGAAAAACAAAUUCUUAAUUUUUUUUUUUUUUUAAACAAAAAAGAUGCUUAUUCAAUGCGAAAUGUCACUCUCUUGUAAAACCUGAGACAGGCAUAAUGCCAGGCAUUUCUUCCAGGAUUGCUAACAUUGUUUGUUGGUAGCUUCACAUUCUGGUGUGGUUUAAUCUGCCUUGGAGGCAGUUUAAAGCACUUUUUAAUGCCAUUCAGUUUAAAAAUAAUCCUAGAUAUGCAAAUGAUUAUCUUCUUAAAAAAAUGUUCACAAAAUGGGUUUUUUAAUAGCACAGUAAUGAAAGUGUAUGGUUACCAAUCACAUAAUCUCCCCGUUCUGAAUUAUAGCCAAAAUUUGAUUAACUUAUAAAGCUUGUUGAUAGUGAUAUAUAUGCUAUAUAAUACAACCUGGUGUACAUUAAACCAACAAGAACUCAUUCUUCCAGUAGGACAGUAAUAAAGGAGGACUUGUUUUUCCAAACUUUAAAGUUCUCAGAUACAAGUUGAAUUUAAAAAAAAAAGAAAGAAAAACUAAGGUGCUUUUCAAAAGAAUAACUGAAAUUCUUGCAGGCCAGAAUAGCAAUAUGAUAUCUAAUUUAUUUCAAUAACAGUGAAACUUCUAGUUCAUUAAUAAAUUCUGAGGAAAUUAGUGGUGAAAACUGAACUUGUUUCAGUGAGCCACUAAGGAAAGAAUAUUCUUAAUGCCAAUAGAAAUUGUGGUGCAGCAAAGCUGGUACCUCUGCAUAAACUGUUGGUCAUGACUGACUUGAUGUGCUGCUGUUGUAUUUCCAUAUAUUCCUGCAAUAUAUAUAUACUAUAUUUUAGUAACAGCUGUGAGAAAAAUUUGUCUUCCUCUACACAGACUAAUGAGCACAAUGAUACUAAUCACUUUUCUGUUGAAUAACAAAUGCAAUAAUUGCCUCAUGAAUGAGAUGUCUGUCUCAAUACUUCUAAAGCUUUUGUAUUCUCUGGUUAUAUCAAAAGCCAGUUAUAUUAAUGGAGACUAUUGUGUACCUACCUAUUUUAUGAGAAUUGAUUUUUUACAAAGCUUGAUUUGCAUGGGUUGAGUUUACAGUAACUGCUGUUUAUUAAUGAAAAUCAGGGGCCCGUAUACUUGUCAACAGGAAUGGGUUCUCUGAACUUUUAAGACUAAUAGUCCCUAAAUUCUUCCAAAAUCCACACCUUUUAUUCCCCCUUUUGCAUUGUCCCCUCGUAGGUGCCUCAGCAUCUGAAGAAGGCUGUUACUGCUCGUCUAAUCCCAAUGAUUGUAUCUUGUGCCCUAGCUGCACUGCUCAGCAAAAAAGCAGUAUGUCUGUAAUUCAGGACUCAGACCACUCCCAUUCAAUUCUAAACUGAGGGCAGUGCCACAUCUGUAACCCUCCUAGUCUGAAUUCUGAACUCCCAAGUUAGAAACAAGUCAACCACUGAUCAUUUCAGUGUAACGAAGCAUCUACUGUCAAGAAAAUCGUUUGUUAAGCCCUAUAUACAACAUACUGAAUUUUCAGAUCCAGAGAUGUUUAUAUUUCUGGAUUAAAAUCAGUGUACUUAUGGAAAAUAAAGUCAUGUUUGAAAUUG